AUGGUCGUUUUUCAAACUCUCCGCUGCUUCCGGCGUCAUGUUGUGUUUGGAAAACUGGUACUACAGGAUUUUGAUCGUGAUUACAGGCAACUUGGAGGACGCAAAGAUUGCUGUGGAUGCUUUGUCAAUAUGCAUGUCUAUCAAUGGUUUGAACUCAUGAUCCCUCUUGGAUUCUUUGCUGGAACAGGAGUAAGGGUUGCAAACGAGUUAGGAGCAGGAAACGGGAAAGGUGCUAGAUUUGCUACCAUAGUUUCCGUUACAACAUCUGCAGUGAUAGGUGUCUUCUUCUGGAUCUUGAUCAUGUUAUUCCACAAUGAGCUAGCAUUAAUAUUCACCACCAGUGAACCUGUCUUGCAUGCCGUAAGUAAACUUUCAGUUCUAUUGGCCUUCACCAUUCUCCUCAAUAGCAUUCAACCCGUUCUUUCAGGUGUUGCGGUUGGUUCCGGAUGGCAGGCAUAUGUAGCAUACAUAAACUUAGGUUGCUACUACUUGAUAGGUGUCCCCCAUGGGAGUUGCCAUGGGGUGGUUUUUCCAUCUUGGCGUGAUGGGCAUCAUGUCUUGAUCAUCAUAAAGAGAUCAAGAGCGAGUUUAGGGUUUCCCAGGGGUAUUUGGGCUGGAAUGAUCUUCGGAGGAACUGCGGUUCAAACAGUCAUAUUGGCUAUCAUUACAAGUCGUUGUGAUUGGGAAAAGGAGGAACAAAGAGCAAGAAUGCAUUUGAAGAAAUGGGCAGUUGCUAAUUGACCAUGCAUGAAAAGUUCCUAUCCCUCUUAAAAUUUGAUUCUGGUGCGGAGAAUGGUUUGAUUGUGCUGUUUCAGAAUUAUGGAAAUAAAUAGUACAGAAUUGAAGUAAUCAAACAAAAACCAAGGGAGUUGCCAAAGAAUUCGAUGCUACAAAUUUUAUGACCCAAUUGUAAUUUUCUUAUGUAUUUGUCAAACCAUUUUCCUCCAUUUACACUGCUACAGAAGCAA